AAAAAGCACAAAGGCAACCGAGUUCAUCCUCAAAGACACAUUGCAGCUCUUCUGUCCCAGAGACAGGGUAGAAUGGUGGAGGCCCUUCCCUGUCCCCUGCUCAUUGCUGUCAACUUUUCCCUUUUUUUAAGGGAAAUUCCCUUAUUCCAAAUAGGAUUCCUCGCAAUAAAAGGGGAAAGUUGACAGCUAUGUCCCUGCUUGAAAUCUCGACCUACAGUUCUUUGCUGCAGCAGGGGAGGCCACAUUUUGCUAGCUGAACACAGUAUGCUGAGAGGCAGCUGGCUGCAUAAAAUACUGCACAUUUGCUGCAUAAAAUACUGGCUGGUAGCUGGUAGUUUUUUAAAUUAAACUUUUAUCAAUUCUAUUUAUUCCAAUAUAUUUUUAGACCAUCUCUUGAUGCAAGUAAGGUAGCUAGCAACAACAAGAAAGUAAGAUGCAGCCUUAAAGGUGCAAGUCAUUCAUCGCCACUCAUCAUAUCUGCCACAGAGAAGCCUCGUCAAGUCUCUCCUUCCCAAGGGCAUGACCUCUCCCCUGCUUGGAAAUGUUUCAGCUCUACAGAAAUCACUCAAGCCUUCCCAGUGAAAGCAGCGACACCUCCAGCUCUGGCCUGGGCAGCAUCAUCGAGACCCCCAAACACAUCCUCUACUCAGCCUGCAGUUUACCUCACACCUUGGACGACUUGCUGGCCGGGCUGUCAGUUCCGAAGAAAGCCGCUCGCAGGCCCCCGCCAAGCCGCCCUCGACGCAGCAGCAGCCCCAGCGUCCCUGUCGACCUGGACAUGAGCGACGGGGAGACCAGCCUCUCCGACAGCGGCUCGGAGUCUCCUGUGUGUGUGGAACUGCCGCCACAGCCCUUCAUCCGCGAGCACACCGUCAGCAGCACCAGCGCUCAGGUUUCUUGGUCAGGCCCACGCAACGGGGAAUUGAUUUCCUUCUACGAGCUGCAACUGCAGGAGGCCAGGCUGGAUGGUCAAGGCAAGAACAUCCAUUGGUUUUGCUCACAGACAGAAGAGCACCUGGAGAAUCUGACUCCUGGCACUACGUACUUGCUCCGCGUGAGGUCUCUCAACGUGGCAGGUGCUGGGAAGUGGAGUGCACCCUAUAAGUUUGGCACAAUGCCUUCUGUGGCAGGAAUGCCUCUGGACCCGGCUCCUGUCACUGUCACCGUGCGGCGGUGCAGGAAGCCCCAGAAGAAGACGAUCUUUAUCCCUGCCCCCUAAGAGGACUGACAACAUGGAAGUAAAGGAUGGCACCUUCCUCUUGCCCUUGCAUCAGUUAUUCCACAUCUCCUCAUAACUGCUGUUUGGUACCUUGGCAAAUUUUCUGCUCACAAAAAUAACUUCUAGCCAGGUGAAGAAGGUCAGGGGCUGGGGUGAUGGGAACCGGGCAUAUACGGAUGCCACAGUUCACAGGUGCAUUUGCAACUAUUUUGCUGCGUAUGGUGGGAAUCUGAUACAUAAGAGCAAGGGAAGAGGCUGAAAUCAUGUGACUGCAGCCUCCUACCCUACUCUCUACUGACCCCUUUUGCCCAGGUUCUGUAAUGGCAGCCUGUUCUCUGCUGCCCCCUCUUGACCAGGUUGCCAAGAGGCAGCAGAAGGAAACAGGGAUUAAGCCCUGCUGUUACACAGCCUGGACAAUAGUAGGCAGCAGAGAGCAGAGAAAAGGGGCAAGUUACACAACUUGGAUAACAGGGAGCACAGCAGAGAACAAGGGACAGGCUACAGUUGCAGUACCUGGCCAAGAGGGGGCAGCAGAGAGCAAGGAAAGAGGCUGCAGUAACACAACCUGGCCAGCAGUGACCAGCAAAUAGCAGGGAAAGAGGCUGCAGUUGCAGGACCUGGCUGAAGGGAGGCAGCAGAGAGCACGCCAUUCCUGUCCCAAGUCCUUGAUGAAAAGCGCAACCUCUGAGCUUUAAGAUUUUGGGUUGUGUGGGGUGAGUUUCAUGCAGCUGUAUCCUACACAUUUACUUUGCUUCCACUGAGCUCCAUGGGAUUUAAUUCCAUGUGGCAGUGCAUACAUUUGUCAACAACUGGUGUGUUGGUUGGUUUUUCCAGCGAAAUACCACAAUCUGUCACCCUUUGCAAGUGGCCCGAGUGCCUGGCGAUUUGCUUGCAACAUUCACUCAUGAUGAGGUUGGCUGGACUUGGCAAUGCAGGGUGGGCAGCAUUUGUGUGCCCACCAGAUGCUGCUUGACUACAAAUCCCAUCAUCCUUGGCCAUUACAGCAGCUGGGACUGGUGGGAAUUGUCAUCCAGCAGCAUC